GUUAGACACUUAGUACGGUACCUGUGCCCAAAAGCUUCCCCAGGCAGAAAUCGUUGCUGGGUGCCAGGUUUGCAUGAUGGGCAUUUAAUUUCUUAAUCAGCAAAGAGAUAAAUUCUUUGGCUUUAUUUUGGAAACAGUGUUGUAAUACCGAUGAGAUCAUCGGUUUCUGGAAUGUCAGGGUAUGGAAAUGUUCAGAAUUUGGUAACAAAAAUCAGCAUGAGUUUCUCUUUAGAAUCAGACAGAAAUUCUUUCAGCUUUAAUAAGAAAUGUCUGACAGUUUUGAAUUGAAAUAAAAGGACAAGCAACUGGAAAGUAUUCAGUAUCUGCCAAAAUUAAAUGUUUGUUUUUAAUUUGAAGAAAAGACUGCCAGCAAAAGCAAGCAAUUCUGUAAAGGAAUAAUUCUGCACAGAUUUUGUAUCAGCUGCUUUCAUGAGGUUGUCUUUAACAUUAAAUCCUGUCUUUCUUUAAACAGAGGCUGUGUCAUAUCAGUUAAAGAGGUAUACUAAAGGAUUUCAGUUUGGUUGUAGAAUACAUUGUAACAGUUGGUUUGUUUUAACAGCAGAAAAUUAUGCAAUGUUGAAUUUGAAAUUGUUUGCUAACAAAACUGGAAAGUUCUUGAAAUCAUACUGUAAGAGUCUGGCUAAUGUUUUAUAAAUAAUGUUGGUUUCUGUCUUAAAUAGAAUACAAACUACUGAAUGUACCUAAUGCCAAAACACCUUUUUCAUACCAGGAGAAGACUAAGAAUGCCUCUGAAAAUAAGGGAAAAAAUUAGCUCUUGGGAGAAAACAUGAAACUGUAUUCUACUUGCUGGAAAGGAAAACUGAGGAUCUGGGAAUAUUUUGCAAGGUAUAUUCCUGAAAACGUUGGGUCUAUGACCUGCAGAACACUAUUCUUGCUAAGUCAGGGCAUCACAAAGCUCCUUGUACUGGCAAUAUUUUGAUUUUGUUUGAAUUUUGGAUUUCUGAAGCUGUUUUUAUGGUGCUGCACAUGCUGCAUAAGUUAAAGUAGAAUCUCAAAGGACUCCCAUCAGGAUAUUGAAAGGGCAAACCAAACCACCACCUGACGUGUGUCCCCAGCCUCACAAUAAAGAAAACAUUAGGUCAGCAUAACCAAGCCAGCCUGCUUUGGAGUGGGAGAUGGUGAAACUCCAUCUAUGUAAAUAAGCUUUGUGGCUUUCUACCAAAAUAUUCUUCUUAAAAUGGUUUGUGCAAGGACACCAAUUGCAACAAUUUGCUGCUAAAACAGCAUUCAUUAACUCAUUCACCCCUGAAAUUUAUGUUUCUUUUCAAAUUCUUUACAACUUGUGUAGCAUGUUUGGCACUCACAAGAGGAAAAUAUUUUUAUAAAGGGCUUGUUAGAAACUUAUGUUCCUUGUAUUUGAGACAGGAUUCAAAAGUUGUGGAUAGUCUACCCAUGACAGUGAGAUGAUGCCCUAUGAGACAUCUCAGCCUGCUUUUACAUUGCUGUCAGAAGGAAUUGGAGACACAGUCAACACUCCCCAGCAUCCUUCAGCACAUCUGAGUAGCAGCCAAACCAGAGGUUGCUUCAGUUUCUUGUACUCAACUCACCUUCCCCAGGGAAUUAACCAAGUGCUUGAGUUUUGUCUCCUCACCCUUGGUUCUGCUGUGCUUCCCCAUGCCCUGAGAGUGCUGCCUUUCAUCCUGGGUGCAGGCCAAGUCCUUCUGCAGGGGUCAUUUGGAGCUGACUGGCAAGAGCACUGCUGUUCCUUGUCACAGAUACCCUGGAGGAAAGUGGUGCGUUGUGUAAUCCUCCUGGCAGGCUACCAGCCCUUUGGAAUACCUAUCUUUCAGAGCAGUACAUGUCAUUUAUCCUGCUACUUGCACAGUCUGGUGGAUGCAUUUCACACUUCCUUUAAUUUCAUCAUGUACCCUCAUUGCCCCACUCUCAUCAGUUGCCUUCAGGCUUCUAAUGCACAUACAGCUGAUUUUAUGAACUCAUAACAUUGCAGGCUGUUAAUUCACAUUUUGAUCUGUGAAAUUCUGUGUAUUUUUAGGAGAAAAGAUGACUACUCUUAAAUUGUGUGCUGUGUGAUUUUUAGGAGCAACUGUGCUUGGUUGGCUUUUCCACAGCUAAAUACAGUCUGUGGGGCAUUUGUUGUGCCCCAGUAAAUGAGCACCAGCCCAGCUAGACCAGUUGUGGGUCACAACUCUUUGGUUUGUGAUCAUGCUGAGUCCUGUAAACGAGGCAUCUGUGAGGUACUGGUAAUCACAUCAUUGGAAAUCUUGACAGAGAAUCCACAGGCAGCAGGACUGAUGGCUGGUAUUGAAUAGUUGGUUAAUGUUCUUGCCUGAUAGUCAGCAUUACACUGGUACCUCAGGACAUACUCUUAGAAAUGGCUCUAAGGUAGAAUAAUUGAGUAUUGUACCUAGAGUAAAUCAGGAUGAGCUUUGGCCCUGUUUUCCCAUAGUCUGGAUCUUGCAUCUUGGUUUUCCUGUGCAUUUCAAAUUCUUAUAACCUUUUGUCAUAAAAAUUGAGUUGUAUUGUUGAUACAGAAGAUACAGUCCAGAAACACUGGCUACUUCAGGAAGUUUUGGUUUUUUUUAAUGUAUGUUGCUUAUAUUUCAUUAAGGGUAUUUGAGAUGUGCAUCCAACUUUUCUUUGGUUUCUUGAAAUGCUUCCUGCUUUUUGUUUCUUUAUUUUAUUUAAUUUUUUUUAUUUCUAAAGCUGUGCCUAAAUUCUGCAAAGAUUCACAUAAUGUAUUUUUACCUUCCAGGUCUGAGCCCAGGUAUGUUGCCACUUUUUUGUAUACAUGAUGUUAACUAUUUUAUUUGCAGACAGUGUGCUAGCUCCAGGUUAAAGGCUGGAGGUGCAUUCCAACUCUUAUUAAUAAAACUUUAUUUCUCCCCCAUGUGUUAUUGAUUCUUUUUCAAUCAUCUGCUGAGCUGUAUAAAUACCAGCAAGGGAAAUUGUAAUUUGAAGGUAAAAUCUCAGGGUUGGCUUUCGCUAAAAUGAAACAUAUGUUUGAGUUUUAUUUCAAUUGAGGUUUCAGAAAUUUUACUUCACUUCCACGCUGCUUGUGGAAAUUCUUAAUGGUGUAAGAAAUUCAAGCUUUAAUCCUUAGUAUUACUUUUUGAAGAAUUGCUAGGGUUUUUUUUUUUUGUCGUGCUAUGUAAAACGCAGGCUCUAAAUAGCUGUCUAAUGGUCUCAGAACCUGCAGAACAGCCCCAGAAUACUUUACCAAAGACAUUAUGUUAAAAGUUACAUUCUCAAUUGUUCCUGUAUCAUUUUACUAAAAGCUUAACAAGAUAAAUAAAUGGGAACAUUAAUUCAAUACUUAUCUAGAGUAAUACAAUUCUGAAAUAGGGAAACUGGCCAAGGUACCACUAAAUAUAUAUCAGAUAUAUAGCUUUUAGGUGAAGAAGCUGAAAGAAUUCCAGGAAAUGAAUGCAUACAAACGUCUGUAAGUUCUCUGUAGAAGCCAGAGGACUGGACAAUUCUGUGUCUCAGAAAUAUAAGGUGCCUCAAAAAGAAGUGGAUCAAGAGGAAGACAUUUACUGCUUAAAUAACACAGGCUAAUCCAAGGAGCAGGCUGUGUUAUAGUGUGGUAUUACUCAUCUUGCUGGCUCUGACACCCAAGACAGAGUUUCUUUUCCUCUUGCCAAACGUCAACCAUCUGUCUUGAUCUCAGGAAUUAGUGCCAUUCCCUGACUUUAUAUACCUUUCCUUGGAAUGUCACCCUGGCUUUGGGCACUCAGGACUUCUGCUCUAACUCACGUGAAGAUGUAAUUGGAGUGGGGAAGUCACACCACUGACCUUCAGAUGUUUUCAGUUGGGCUUCCUGUACAGCCUGUGCUGAGACACUGCGAAUGGAUUCAGGCCUAUGUUAAAUUCUUGUUCUGGAAGUGCAUUGAACUACAUGGUACAGCUAAGCUAUGUAAUUGUAACCCAGAUUACCCUUUGGGGGAGCCUUGCUUUCUUUGCUAGCCUCUUAGCUCAGAUAUCAAAAUUAAUGUCUAGUUUUGGGGAACAGUUUUGUCUAGUUUUGGUUAUCCUACAGCAUGAUAAAAGGGUGAGGAAUGAACAUAGAGAAAACCAAUUUCUUAACCAGUGACAUACCUUUAAAGGACCGGAAAAUAAUGAUUCUUUGACAAUAGCAAAUGGCCAGGGCUUACAUUUUACUGUAUUACCAGCUGGGCAUUGGCCAUCCUGGAGGAAAAACAAACAGAAGGCAGAGAGCUUAAUAGAUGCUAGACAUCUGCCCUGCAUAGAACAAAAUCACAGUCCUGAGCAGAAGAGUCUGCUUUUGUACCGCACAACUGGACUACAAUGCUCCUUGCAGAGAAACAGUGGGCUUCACUCAAAGUGGAGCAGCAGAAGAAAGGCUAUGAAAACUCAUGAAGUCUCAGUUCUUCUCAAAGGGUGGAUUAAUGAGCAGUUAACUUUUUUUUUUUUAAACACAUUCUCAUGCCAUUGUUUUUAGCCAAAUGGGCCAGUACAUCUGUGUGGCCAAACAGAUGCUGGAGCAGCAGAAGAGCAGGCAGAAAUGCUGGUGGGACAGGAGGGCAGGGCUGCUUCUCUUGUGUUAGGUAGUCUUGGCAAGGCUGAACUGUUUGUGAAGUUGCAUGUUUGGCAAUUCUUCAGCAAGGACUCGAAUAUGCAGGUGCCUGCCUGGAUUGCAGCCUUUGAGCAUAUCCAGACUUGCAGAGUUAGAGAGUAUUCCCAAAGGUAGUUUAACAUCUCAUUCUCAAUUUGAUGCUGCCCUGCCUGAUGUUGUCACAACAUGCUGCAGCCAAGGAUAAGCAGAAUUUUGAAAUUGGUCAGGCUUCCUUAUUGAAACUUUACUCACAACUGAAAUCUGAAGAAACUGAAAGGCUGAGUGCUACUAAGUACUGGCUGACCUGACCAUCAGUAGUCAGAAUAAACCCUGUUUUGCAAAAAUUGAGAGGUAAAUGGUGAAAUUUCAUUGUUGCUAAUUCAGUUUUGUGCAUCUGAAUUUUCCUGUCUUGUUUAUACAAAUUAUAGGAUCUGACUUCAGUUUCAAUCAGGUGCUUUGUUCAGUGUUGCCAAGUACUAUCAUAGUACCUCACUUCAUUGUCUAUGUGAAGAACUGAAGAACACAAAUACAUUUAAAAAUUGCUGUGAAAUCCUUCUGGGUGAAAUGCUUUAUAAAAAGGAGAUAAUUAUUUCAACAUUUGAUCCAGAUACUCUAUAUAAAGCACAUUUUGGUGUUAUGAAAAGAACCAAACCAGUUUGGGGUGAAGAGGGGAGUCCUUUUUAUUUUUAAGGAUGAUAUUAGUAUAAAAUUAAAAAUGAGUCAUAUUCUAACUUAUUUCUAACUUGGUGACUCAUGCUUCUGGCAAACUAAUUAUCUAAGACAAGUGACUCAGAAAUAGAUGCUAUAGUUUUAUGGCUAUUGCUGUUACAACUAAACAUGAGGCAUGAUUUUGGAUAUAUAAAAUGUAGCUAUAUCCUGCAAAUUAUGCCACAGUGCUGGUUGAGGGCUUAUUACACAUGCAGAUUCUUCAAUCUGAUGUGGUUUUUUCCUUUUGGGGAAGGAUGUGUACCUAGCUUCUGGGUGUCUGAAGCAGCCAUGGACAUCAAGAAUCCCAGGAGUGUAUUUGGACAAGGAAAAUCUAAUCUGUCUGUAAAGUACUAGCACAGUGCAGGUCUGAUCUGAUGAAACCACAGCUAAUGCCAAUGCCUGCCUCUGAUGGGAAGAGAAACCAGACUAUGAACUUGGGAUUUCUGGCCAAUUAAUAGGCUCUGAUGGACACUGUGUGUUCCCUCCUGAGUUAGAGGAGUAAGCCAGUUUUAUCUGGAGGUAUGUUUGUUUGGAGGUAUGUGUGUACAGCUAGAAUAGUUUAAAGAGAUGCCUUUCUUUUCUCUUCCAAACACAGUCAUAGGAAGUCAGAUUCCUUGUUGUUACCUGAUUCAUUUUCAUUAAUAUCCAUGGAAAUUGUAUGGAUUUUCAGCAUUUAUGUUCUGGGAGUACAGACCAAUGCAAGCAGAAAGUCUCUUGUGCAGCUGACUGUUGAUAGGAGAAGCAGUUUCUCUUCCUCUUUAGAUGUGGCAGUGCUGAAUAAGGAUGAGGUAGUCUUUUGUACUUAGCAGCCAUUCAUUUUUUCAAAGUGCUUGUUUUAAAACUAUCACUUACCUCCUGGUUGCCUUCUGAAGGACCACAUGAAAAUGCUGAGUUGAAAAGAAAGUGAAGACAUUCAGUUGAGCAAAACCAGUACGUAUACAUACAUGAGGGUAAUGGUCUGUGGGGGAGCAGUCAAGAGCAAAGGCCAUUGGUUUCUCUACUAAGUGCUCUGCCACUUGUUGCAAUAAUUUAUUUUUUAUGAUGAUGAACAUUAUUUCUCAAUCAGUGGCUUGUGAACUUGCAUGUUUUCUAAUCACAUUUUGUAUAUUUAAGUUUGAUAGUUUAAGAUAAGCAGUAGUACACUGAGCCAAAUACUUGGGUACAAGGUAGACUUUAUGGGGCAAAGGAGAGUGCAUUGGAAAUGAGUAUUUUAGCUUUUUUACUUACCUAAGAGUUUGAAUCCAUUACCUGUUUGUUUUCUUUUUAAAAAAGUUCUCUGCAGAACAGAAACUACGACAUAGGAAAAAAAAGAUUAUUCACCUCCAACAGCUGCUUUAUCUUCACUGUCUCAUAAGAAAUAAUCAAGGACCCUAAAUGCUACUAAUGUGGGGAAUUUCAUUUGAAAUAUCUGAACUAAGGCACUUAGAUUUUCUGUUUCCUGUAAAAGAAGAGCAUCAACAGCUCUCUAACUGCCAGGGAUCAGUUAAAGUUGGAGAGAUUGGGAUGAAAGACAGCAACCACAAUCCCUAAUCUCAUCUCAGAACUGCCAGAGGAGAACUGUAGAAACCACUUGGACUGCUGCAAAGUCUGGCCACAGGGAUGGGCAAGAUGCAUUCCCAUGGUUUGGAAUGGAUAUCGGUGGAACAUUGGUUAAACUGGUCUACUUUGAACCUAAGGACAUUACUGCAGAGGAGGAGCAGGAGGAGGUGGAAAACCUGAAAAGCAUUAGGAAAUACUUGACCUCCAAUACAGCCUAUGGUAAAACUGGCAUUCGUGAUGUCCACCUGGAACUGAAAAAUUUGACUAUGUGUGGACGCAAAGGAAAUCUGCACUUCAUCCGCUUUCCCAGCUGUGCCAUGCACAGGUUCAUACAGAUGGGCAGUGAAAAGAACUUCUCCAGUUUGCACACUACGCUCUGUGCCACGGGAGGUGGAGCUUACAAGUUUGAGGAAGACUUUAGAACGAUGGCUGAUCUACAGCUCUAUAAACUGGAUGAAUUGGACUGUUUGAUCCAGGGCCUCCUUUAUGUUGAUUCUGUUGGUUUCAAUGGCCAACCAGAGUGCUAUUAUUUUGAAAAUCCUACAGAUCCUGAACAGUGCCAGAAAAAGCCUUACUGCCUUGAUAAUCCAUAUCCUAUGCUGCUGGUUAACAUAGGCUCAGGGGUCAGCAUCCUAGCUGUGUAUUCUAAGGACAAUUAUAAAAGAGUUACAGGAUCCAGCCUUGGAGGAGGAACGUUCCUGGGCCUGUGCUGUUUGCUCACCGGCUGCGAGACGUUUGAAGAAGCGCUGGAAAUGGCCGCGAAAGGAGACAGCACCAACGUGGAUAAGCUGGUGAAAGACAUCUAUGGAGGAGACUACGAGCGUUUCGGCCUUCAGGGAUCUGCUGUGGCCUCAAGCUUUGGUCAUAUGAUGAGUAAAGAAAAGAGAGAUUCCAUCAGUAAAGAGGACUUGGCCAGAGCUACUUUGGUCACCAUCACCAACAACAUAGGUUCUAUUGCUCGCAUGUGUGCACUGAAUGAGAAUAUCGACAAGGUGGUGUUUGUUGGCAACUUUCUCAGAAUUAAUAUGAUUUCUAUGAAGGUGCUAGCAUAUGCUAUGGAUUAUUGGUCCAAGGGACAGCUAAAAGCUCUGUUUUUGGAACAUGAGGGUUAUUUUGGAGCUGUUGGGGCUCUUCUAGAAAUGCUUAAAAUGACAGAUGAUCAGUGAUGAAGCUGUCUGAAGAGAUUCCUACCACAGAUGCUGCUGGGUAAGAGUGAAAGCCACUGCAAGGAUGGAAAUGAAGCCAUUAUGGUAGUUCUACCUGCUGGAUUUGUAAAUAAUUUAAAAUCCUUUUAGCUGAUCUUUAAUUUCUGGGUUUUGACCUUAUACUUCAGAAUUCAUACUGGGAAUUAUGAGAUUUUUUUUCUGUACACUGUAUUUUAUAGGGGAAAUAUGUGCAAAGUGGCCAAACAUACAGAUUUUAUGGAUUUAUUUUAAAAAAUGGAUACUGUUUAAUGUAGGACCUGUGAUAUGAGGCAUCUGCUUUUCUUCUGGGGUUUACUGAUUAGUGUGGUAAUUUUAACUUCAUUUAGUAAUCACUCUAGGAGAUUUUUUUAUCUUAUUUUCAUGACGUUUCAUGAUUUGUUCUUGGUUUCAAAUGAAACUAUGAAGCUGAUGCAUUUUACUGUGAAUACUAGUCAUUGAUUUUUUUGCCUUUCCUUUCCUCAUUAGAUGAGAUACUUUACAUCUCUCUGCCCACCCCACUCCUCCCCAAAAAAGAUUUGCAAAUCAUUUUGUGGCUAAAUGCAUUUCUUCAAAGGACUGUGAGGAAGCUUCAUAAUAGCAGGGGGUUUAAGAUUGUAAUUUUUCAGUGGCCAUGGAUUACAAUAGGAAGAGACUGCCAACUGGUUUUGCAGGGCUGAUUCUUCUUUAUAAUAAAAAAAUUAAAGAAGAUGUGAACUAAAUUGGAAUUAUUCAAUUGACACUAAAAUGAAAAUCUGUUUCUGAUUAAAACUUUUGAUCAACAUGAAGAGUUCUGUAGUAAAGAUGUUAUUCACACUUGGUAUUAGAUGGUAAAGGGAGAUUGUCUUCAGUUAUUUUUCUGUAGUCUACAAGUUUUAACUUGUUCUCAAUUGAAAACAACUGAUAACAGCAUUAUUAAAAGUCCAGUUACUAAAAUUAGAAAAAUACUGACUAAAGUAUUUUCUGCUUUUAAACUAGUGUUAACUUCCUGUCCAGGACAGUAAAAUUUGGGUGUUUAUUCAAAGACAGUAUUUUCUACCUUUUCAGACUUGUGAACCUCUAGAUUUGUUUUCCCAAGUUGAACUGAGAUCCCUUUGAAAUCCAUGUAUUUAGGUUGCUUAGUCUCCUUAGACACCUUGAGGGCUCACAAAUGAGAGACUGAAAAGCAAUUCAUAAAUUAUUUUGUCUUGCAGGACUGUAUGUGAUGUCACAUAAUUUAAAUGACUCAUCAGAGGGACAGUAUAGAAUUCAGUAUAUUUUUGGAGGGGGUAUAUUUCACUUUUUUAAGUCAUUAACUUACAUAUCUCCCAAAUGUUGAAAGAUGGUAAUAUUAUCUGAAGUGUGAACUUGUGUGAUGGAAAUAAAGACCACUACUGUUUUGACAGUUUCAA